CUUCAUCCGCCGGCUGAUCGGCUGCUAUCCGUCUCAACUUCCUCCUUCCCCCAACCCUUCCCCCCCCUCCUCAUUCCUCCUCUUCCUCCGUGAUCCCUUCCUCUCGUUGUCGCCUUGAAUUCCGCACGUUCGGGCUCUCCUUUCCGCCCGUCCUUUUCUCGGAUCUACCUGUCGUCAUUCCGCCAUCCACCAGGUCGGGUAACGGUGAAUCCGAAAAAGCACGGGUUGUCGACUGGCGCAUUGAGGUCCGUAGACCCCAACAGUUUCGGCUCUCCAUAUCAUCGCAUCAUGCUCCAGCAUCCCCGGUCCCAUCACAGGCCUCGACUACUUAGCUUGCAGUAUUCAAAUGAUUGCUGACCUACGCUCCUUCUCCCUCUAGUCACCUGCGCCAGCCCGGACACCCGUGGGCCGUGUGGGAAGAUGAACUCGCUCAACAUCCUCUCGUCUCGAGUCAUUGGCCAGUCGUCCCUCCCAGCUCGGAGCCGUCAGCGUUCCCGGUCCCAGGGAGACGUCGCCAGAGCGAAUGAGCCCGGCGACCUUGCCAAACUUCGGUCGUACAGCGAAAGCAACUUUCACACGACCGAGGCUCACGAGAAUAGCCAUGAUGCGCCCGACGAGAAUAUAAAUUACUCCCACGAAAUUACGUUUGAUGAGAAAUCGCCCCUAUUACGAAGUAUACAGAAAGAUGGUUCAUUUGCUACGAAAAGCACCUUAGGAUUCGUUGCCCAACGGUUCUUUGAUGCGAUUGCGGAAACGAUCAAGUUCAUCCUAUCCACUUUAGCUGCGCCCGGUUUUUAUGUUGCCCAAUGUUUUGAGGACGAUAACGGUCAUUACUCUUUUCUGGCACCCGUGAGGAAGCUACGACGGUCCGUGUCUAGCCGCCCAUCCAAGUCGACUGGCUCCACGACGGCGGGUAGAGGUAGUCGACAAGCGGAAAGCAAACGACGAACAGGUACUUCGCGAAGAUCCAAAAGCAACGUAUCCCGGGAUUCCAUCGCUUCGAGCACGUCCGAGUCGGAAGGAGAUCGUCGGAGCGCCAAGGCACUCGGCAAUAGUCGGUCACGAACCUCCAAGGCAAAGUCAUCCAGCCCGGAACCAACGCCAGACGAGACCGCCCCUAGACGCUCGACCCGGAUCAAGCUUCAUAGCGAAGAGGCGCUCAAGCGACAGAGGCAACGCCGGUCGCAAAGUGCUGAUCUACGCCAGACACCGGAAAAUGGCGUUCAGGGUACUCUCAAUCUGGACAGUCUCAAAUCUCCCACAUCUCCGUCGGUACAUAGGGUCACCAGGUAUCCGCAUUCUCCCGUCCCUCCUCGCCCGCUGAUUCCACCCCGUGUGCCGUCUUACACGGCCAACCUCCGCCUUCCUAAGAGCCCGCAAAAGACUCUGGUCCUUGAUCUGGAUGAGACGCUCAUCCAUUCCCUGGCCAAGGGCGGCCGCAUGUCCAGUGGCCACAUGGUUGAGGUCAAACUGUCCACGCCGAUGACGACUGCACUCACACCCGGCGGACCACCCACGACUCUGGGUCCGCAGCAUCCCAUCCUGUAUUACGUACACAAGCGACCCCACUGUGAUGAGUUCUUGCGCAAGAUUUCCAAGUGGUACAAGCUGGUCAUCUUCACUGCCAGUGUGCAAGAGUAUGCGGAUCCAGUCAUUGACUGGCUCGAGCAGGAGCGGAAAUACUUCCAGGCGCGGUACUACCGUCAACACUGUACUUUCCGGAAUGGUGCAUAUAUCAAGGACCUCAGCUCUGUGGAGCCUGAUUUGAGUAAGGUGAUGAUCCUGGACAACAGUCCUAUGAGUUAUAUUUUUCACGAAGAUAAUGCUAUCCCAAUUGAGGGCUGGAUUAAUGAUCCCACGGAUAAUGGUCUUCUUCACCUCGUCCCCAUGUUAGAAGCUUUGCAGUAUGUGACCGAUGUGCGGGCUUUUUUGGCCUUGCGUAGAGGGGAAGCGGAAGCUUGAUCUGGCGGAGGGGGACGAGGGGAGGUUUUACCAGACCAUAGAAACGAAAAUCAGAAAAAGGAAGAAAAAAAAAGAAAGAAAGAAAGAGAAAGCACAGUUUGAUGUUAACGGAAGCCUUAUAAUGCAUUCAUAGCUCAGCUCAGCUCAUGUAAAGAAGAGGCUGAAGGGAAAGCAUGACGAGUGUUCAUUGAAGCAUAUUGUUUGUUCCUCCAUUCCAUUACCAUACCAUACCCCCUCUCCUGUUUAUCCUUUUGCCUUAUACUUUGUCACCCUACAGAUUCUUGUAAUUCCUUAUUUUUCUUUUUUUUUAUUAUCAUCAUUCUUCUAUAUUCUUUAUCCUUAUAUUUGCAUUUCCUCUUCCUAUUCCUGUUGUCAUUCUGUUCCACCUUGUCUGCUUGUCUCACGAGUCAGGACUCAUCAUCCUUUAACCCCCCACCCAAAAUAUAUUAUACUACCUCCCUGUCCGGGUUUUGCAAAGACAGCGUUGCUACUAUUUUACCACUCUGUUCCACUUUUUUUCUGGAUGAAUGAAUCAACUGGAAUUGGUUUGUGGGUAGGUCUCUACUGCUUCAUUGUACGUCUGUCAUGUCAGUUAGCCUGGGAUAGAUCAUUCCAUCAGCCUGUUGGUUCGAAUUGAGACAUCGGGUAAGAUCUCCCGAGUCGUACUAAAAGGCUGCUAGUAGAUAUAGUGCGACUCAGAAACUUACGAUAUCGAGU